ACAUCCAAUAUCUAAGCCCCAUCUCUCUUCUAACUUCUAAGAGGGUGAAUAGAAUACUGACAUCACUUGUUGCAAACCAAGCAAGAUUGAUAAACAAAGUGACACUCGCAAAAAUGGCAUCUUCUGUUUCAAUGGCGAUGCCACUCACUUCCGCGGCCCAAAAUAAGCUAAACCAGCCUAGCUCAGAAUUCUUCUUCAAGCCAUUACCAAUAAUACCAUCAAAAAAGGCUAUGUUUGUGAAGCCGAAGUCAAAAGUCUGGCUUCAAGUGCAGGCCUCUCUUAAGGAAAAGGCUGUGACAGGCCUAACAGCAGCUGCAUUUACAGCCUCAAUGGUUAUACCUGAGGUGGCUGAGGCAGCAGGGCCUGGUGUGUCCCCAUCUCUUAAGAACUUUCUGCUCAGCAUUGUUGCCGGUGGAGUCGUGCUAGCAGUGCUUGCUGGAGCUGUUGUUGGUGUUGCCAACUUUGACCCUGUUAAGCGAAGCUGAGGACUGAGGAGUAUCUGAACUGAAGGUUCGGUUUUGUGAAUUAGUUUUCUUGGUAUUGGCCUCUUGACUUUGUUGGUAUUGGUUUAUGAGUAGUUUAUAUUUAUAUUGUGCAACUCUUCUAGCUAUUUUUAUAUUAUCGGAAUGAAACAAAUGAAUUUAGAAAUAAAUGUCCUUUAUUAUUAUUAUUA